GGUGCUCCUACAAAUUGGUUCCGGAUAUCGACAGCCUACUGGCUACUAUUAGCAGGAACGCAAUCUCCACUCCACAUUCACCUGAAAGAGUGGAACAGAAAUAUCCGGAACAGGAUGGAUGGUGAAGAGAGAACCUAUGGUGGCUGCGAAGGGCCAGAUGCCAUGUAUGUGAAAUUGAUUUCAUCAGAUGGCCAUGAAUUCAUUGUGAAAAGAGAACAUGCCUUGACGUCUGGGACUAUCAAAGCCAUGCUGAGUGGGCCAGGACAGUUCGCAGAGAAUGAAACCAAUGAAGUGAACUUUAGGGAGAUUCCAUCUCACGUCCUGUCCAAGGUCUGCAUGUACUUCACCUACAAGGUCCGUUACACCAACAGUUCCACAGAAAUACCUGAAUUUCCCAUAGCCCCGGAGAUCGCACUGGAACUGCUCAUGGCUGCAAACUUUUUGGAUUGCUAAAGUUACAGAGAUAAUGUAGCAGCUUAAAAUACUUUUAGAUUGUUUUGACUAUUUAACUUGUUUUGCUAUGUACAUCAUAUAAAACAAAAAUGUGUAUGCCACCAGAAGAUGUUUCUUAAUUUCUUUUCUUUUCUUUUUUUUUUGCACCUGUAUUUCUCUCUAAUUUUAGUAUUAAAGGAUUUCAUUUUAAUAUAAUGAAUGAAUAUGGCACGCUAAAUCAGAAUGUGACAAAUGUGUUCCCUUGCCCCAAAACUCUUUCCUCACCUCUCCAUCAUAAUAAAGAUCUGUUUGGUGAGCACUUUGA